AUGAACACCCUCCUCUGCAACAUUUUUGUAAUAUUGGCAUCCUUUCUUUUCAUGACUCUUCAAGGAUUUAAUUUAACCACAACAAAUUUACUUCCCAAUGGACAGAUUAAAUUGGAAAGGGGAGAAAAAAAUCACAACGGAUGCAAUAACCAACUGUUGUUGAAAAUAAUUAAAAAUGAGAUGAGUCAUGAGAAACUGCCUUCACAUAGUCUACUCAUGACUUCAAAGAUCUAUGACAUAAAAGAACUGUUUCAAAAUUUUUUUGAAGAUAAGGAACUAUCUAAAAUUGUUAAAGAAUGUGGAGAGUACACUUAUUUGAAGCAUCUAAAAAUGGUUAUCUUCACAAUUAAUGAAAAUGUGAAUAUUCAACAUUUGCAAAGGUUUUUUGGAAUCCUUAUAAAUAAUGACAUAUGUGUUGAGUUCAACCAGAGUGCAGGGAUACAGUAG